AUGGAACACCAUUCCCUUUAUACCUCUGAGAUUCAGCCGCACCUGCGACUACUCGCAGGCCACCGUCCCAGUCAACCCAAGGCCCAGGCCAGCUGCCACUUCGGACUUGGAGUCGCCAUCGCAAAUGUCAUCGCCGACGCCCUCCCGGAGCUCACCGUCAAAAAGGCGUGCGGGGGCGUAGACUACGCCAAAAGGGGCGAAGACUUUGCCGUCAUCGCGAAAAAGGUGCUACAUAUGUAUGUGAAGAAGAUCGAGACUGCCGCUCACUGGAAGGGCGUUUCCCCACUUCCGAUGUCGCACGACAGCCCCCCGUCCUGGACCAAAACCACGCGCUCAUCUACAGACUACGACACCGGUCCCCAAAAGCCCGAGUACGGCGCAAAAGCCCUUGGGGAUGGAAGGCGCGUCCUCAACGAGUACUUCUCGCCCAACAUUGCCAAGUCCCUCCGCGUCGACCACCUGCGGCGCACCACCAUCCUUCCUCUCCAACCCUUAGGGCGCAUGUAG